UCUCCUUCACUGCUGCAAACAUAAUGUUCCACUGGCGGUUUUCUCUUGUUUUCCCCUCACUUUACUCUUGCAUGGACAGAUCCAGUGCUUCUAGUCUCUCCGCGGGUUCUGACCCACCCACCUGGAGAUAAAAGCCAAAGAUUUUCACCCGAGCUGCUGGAAAGCGAACUCCUCGGAGCUCGGCGAUACUCCCAACGCCGCCGCUGCAGCCACGGUCGAAGAAAAUGAUGGCUGUACCUCUCCGUUUCUUCUGCCGUGUUGUCUUUCUACUCCAGCCGUACGUAAUGAACACAGUUGACGGGGGAGCGUAUUAUGGACCAAAGCAGCCGCAGCAGCAGCCUCAGCCCAUCCCGCAGUACAGCGAUGACUUUCCUCAGCAGCAGUUCCUGGGGAACGAGAUGCCACAUUCACCUUUCAGCAAAGGGAUCCCGUCACUGUCCCAGUAUGGAAAAGAUGCUCCACAACUGCCCUUGCCUUUGCAAAUUGGAAAAAUGAGACCGUUGACAAAAGGCAAAGGACAAACUUUCCCAAGGGGAUCUAAAGGUCCUCCUCCUGUUCCUGGGGGGAAAGGUUUCACAGACGGACCUCAAGGCAUUGAAGGCCCCCCUGGACCAGUGGGCCCACCAGGUCCUCAAGGCCCCCCUGGGCUUCCAGGACAGGGGAUUCCUGGAUCACCAGGAAAGCCAGGUCCCCCGGGUGCUCAGGGAUACAGGGGAAAUGGAAAACCUGGAAUGCCAGGAUUGCCUGGAAAACCUGGAGGCCCUGGAUUGCCAGGAGCAAAAGGGGAUCUUGGACCAAUUGGUGGUCAAGGGCCAACAGGACUUACCGGGCCUCCUGGACUCCCAGGUCCCACUGGUCUCCCUGGAAUUUCAAAAUCAGGAGGUCAGGGGUUACCAGGACUGCCAGGGCAACCAGGAGAACCUGGCCAAAAUGGUCCACCUGGGUUUCCUGGUCCUCAAGGUCUAAAAGGUGAUAAAGGACUUGGUCUGCCUGGUUUUCCAGGUGUGAAUGGACCUGGUGGGCCACCUGGUCCACCUGGGCAAGUGGGCCUCCCUGGCAAUGGCAAACCUGGUCUGAAUGGUGUCCCUGGACAACCAGGAUUUCCAGGAAAACCAGGUCCUCCUGGAGAAGCAGGGCUGGUAGGAGCACCAGGUCAAAGAGGGCAACCAGGACUUCCAGGCAUACCAGGGAUAGGAAAACCAGGAAACGAUGGUGUUAGAGGGUUACCAGGGUUCUCUGGAGGAAAAGGCGAACCAGGCCUUCCUGGUUUAAUUGGACCACCAGGCUUGCCUGGUUAUGGCAAAACCGGAUUUCCAGGGCCUAAGGGCCACAAGGGACAUGCUGGUCUUCCAGGACAACCAGGCCCAAAAGGUGACAAAGGUCAAGUAGGUCAACCUGGAGUUAUUGGUCUAAUUGGUUUGACAGGAAUACCCGGGGCACCAGGGCCCACCGGGCCUCCUGGUAGUCUUGGCUUCCCAGGACAGAAGGGAGAAGAUGGCACAUUUGGCCCUAGAGGAAAUCCUGGAAUGAAGGGUGAAACUGGACCUGCUGGUCUUUCAGGACAGCCAGGUAGGCCAGGAGAGGGUGGACAACCUGGCCAAAGAGGAUUCCAAGGGCCAAUAGGGCCAAAAGGAGAACCUGGGGCUCGAGGUUCACCUGGUGCCCCUGGUACUGCAGGAUUACAAGGACCAAGAGGAGAGGGAGGAGAGUCUGGAAACAAGGGCCAACCAGGCCCACAGGGGAUACCUGGACUUACAGGACCAGGGGGACCAAUUGGACCUCCUGGUCGUCCAGGACAAAAAGGUGAAACAGGACCAACAGGUAACCCUGGUUAUCCUGGUAAUGGGACCCCAGGUACCCCUGGUCAAAUUGGUCCUCAAGGAAACCCUGGUCCCAGUGGUCCUUCUGGACUUCCUGGACAACCUGGCCCUCCUGGUCCUCCAGGUCCUCCUGGAAUACCUGCUGAAUCUCCUGACAUUAUUCAAUUCCUCCCUCACACAGGCCCCUACAAUGGACAAGCUCACAAAAAGCCAGGCAAUGGAGUCGAAAUUAAUGGAAUCAAGCAGCAGAUUCCUUCAUUCACCGCAAAACUGACAAAUCCAUUCCCUCUAGUAGGUUCCCCAAUCACAUUUGACAAACUUCUCCAUAACGGAAAUCAGGACUACAAUCCUCAAAAUGGUAUUUUUACAUGUAGUAUACCAGGAAUCUAUUAUUUCGCUUACCACGUCCACUGCAAGGGAGGCAACGUUUGGGUGGCGCUGAUGAAGAACAGUGAGCCAGUAAUGUACACUUAUGACGAGUACAAAAAGGGUUUGCUCGAUCAGGCUUCAGGAAGCGCCGUGCUCCCAUUGAGAAAAGGAGACACUGUUCAUGUAGAGCUUCCAUCAGACCAGGCAGCAGGACUUUAUGCUGGUCAGUAUGUCCAUUCCACAUUUUCUGGAUACUUACUGUACUUGAUGUAAUAAGUAGUAGGCCAUUGUCAUACAUUGAAAGGGAAAAGUACUCAAGACUCAGUGUUUGUAGGCUAAGAUAAGGGAAUAUAUUUAGGAAAACUCAGUGCUUCCUGGUGUCAGUUGCCAGGAGUAGAAAAUAUUUAAAUAUAUUUUGGUGCAAUUAACAUUGGUUUCACUUUUACAUGUUAGCAAGAGGUGAUAGCAACAUGCUACCCUGAGUUAUUAGUUGUCAUAUGCACAUAAUUUGCUGUAAACCUGUUCACCUAAAUAACUGGUUAGCAUCACUUUAUUGAUUUUACUGUAUUCUGUGCACAUUAAGAACAUAACAUAUUAAUUAAGUCAUUCAUUUAUUCACAAUUAUACUGUCGACAUAUGUAUUUUCCGUUGUCUGUAUGUUUUGUAUAUAACUUGGCACAUGCAGCUGGUAAAAUAUUAGUUUGGUUCAGUAUUAUAUAAAGACAUCAAACUGCAUCUACAUCCACAAGUUGACAAAUUUUCCUACAUGUCAUGCACUCUUUUUUUUCUUGUUGUCAUAAUGAUGAUUAUGCACUUCUUUAAUUUAUUUUAUUUUAUUUCCCCCCAACUACUGAUUACUUGAAUUUGCUUCAUUUGUGUAAAUGAAUUUACUUCAAAAGUGUGACCGAAACAAUGCGGAAGGCGAAAAAUAAUCUAUUCAAAGACACAUUUUUCAAGCAAAACCUGCCAGUUUUUCUUCAUGUCUUCAAAUGAUGUGUGUCAUUUUGGAAUAACAAUUCUUUGUACGUUUCUGUAGGCUUAAAGCGCCUCCAAAACAUGUGAAUUGUCUUGUGUUUCUCUGAACUGUGAGUUGGCGAAAGAAUAAAGCUUUUAGGAGUC